GUGUUCUGGGAAGGACAAUGGGAGGUUCCUAAAUCGUGCUAGGCGCUGCAGUUGUAACUUGGGUCCUCCUUCACAAUCUAGGUUAAAUGUUGCAGCGAAAUUUCUAUCACUACAUCGAGAUAUUCGUGACGCGGAUCAUUUCACUGAUCGCUUCAAAAAGUACUUCGUGCCGUACAUUAAAAGGUAUAGUAUAGGCUACCCAGAUGGAGGAAACUGCCGAAAAUGGUCAUCCUGUCAAAUACUAUCGGCUGUCAGAAAUCGAGGAGCGAAAUACGUUCAAGUGUACAUGGAUAAUCAUACAACACAAUAUCUAUGAUGUGACACAAUUUCUGGAAGAGCACCCAGGUGGCGAGGAAGUGUUGCGUGAGCAUGGGGGCGGGGAUGCCACGGAGAGCUUUGAGGACGUGGGACACUCGUCAGAUGCCAGGGAAAUGGCUGCCAGCAUGGUCAUUGGUGAACUGCAUCCUGAUGACAGACCAAAGAUUGCUAAACCACCCGAUUCAAUAGUGACAACAGUUAAGGAAACCCAAAGUUGGUGGAGCAACUGGGUCAUUCCUGGUCUGGUUGCAGCCAUUGUCACAGUGUUGUACCGCAUGUACAUGGAAAAGGAACAGUGACAUUGUUUUUCAGCGCCAUCAUCACAACACGUCAAUCAAACUCAUAGAUGUGCAGACGGACAGGUACAUUGGCCAAUUAGGAAGCCCGGUGGCGCAGGACGAGGUGUGGAUAUGUGUUCCAGCCCAGCAUUAACUGCAGCUCUGACCCCAGUCACUGAUUAAACCACUCAUUCAUCUGAGUUGCUGGUUCUGGUGUUGGUGCCAUGGGCUUGAAUAGAGGCAUUCAGUCUGUGUACACUUGUAAGACCAGGACUAGGGGCCAAUCACUAACAACUUUUUGCGUCUCGGAAAUAAUUGUGUAGAUAAAGGCAACAUUUCUAUGUGCCUCCUAGAAAGUUAGAAGUACAAUUUUUGGCCAUACACCUCAUGGCUUUCCAUCUUUCUCUGCUCCAUGAGCACCAGUUUCUAUGAGCAAGAACUAGAGGCUAGGAAAUAGGAUUAACUGAGACCCUAGUUUUUUUUCUCCAUAGCGUCCAAGAUGGAUCGGUUGUGAUGUCACCACUUUCUUUAGGACUGUAGGUUAUUCAGCCUGCAGACAAAUCUAUAGUACCCUGAAAUAAAUGUAUGCUAAUCCUCCAAUUAUGCAGCAUUGUGCUAUCGUUAAUGAAGGCUCUUGUUUAUGUUGUCCUGUUGAAGUUGAUUUAUAUUUUACAGUAAACAAAUAAAUACUAAUAUUUUGGUAAAUUAAAUAUAUUAUAAUUAUUAUAAAACUGAAAGGAGGGGGGUACAGCUUAGUGGUUAGAGCACUUGACUGCAGAACAAGAGAUGGCUGGUUAAAACCCACUAUUCUGUAUCACUUUGGCGAUUAAAUGAAUACAUUAUCUUAUCAAAUGCAGAAAAAACAUGCAAAAGCCGUAUUCAUACAAAAGCUAUUAUUGCUCAUAACCAGCAACAAUCCCAGAGUAAGAUACUUUAGCAAAAAUCUAAACAGUGAAAUGACAAUAACUACUGGGUACUUCCUUUAACUCUAACAUUCCAUAUGACAUUUGAUCAGACGUGUGUGAAUGAGGCGGAUGUUUCAUAGGAAGCCUUCACAGUUGCAGGCUAAAUAGGCUUACUGAAAUGACCAAGGCUGGGUUUCCCAUAUUUGCUAAGAAGAUAGCGAAUCUGGGAAACCCGGCCCAACUAUACUCUGGCCCCUAUAGUAAUUGCCCCUGACAAAUACUGUACAGCAUGUUGGGUUUAAAUGAAACGUGUUAUGGAUUCACCUGCUCAAAGCUGCUAAUCAUCCCCUGUAAGAGACAUGGGUGUACAGACAUUUUACAGAUUUGUUUUUACAAUAAAGUGAUUUAUGAUACGUAAGUUUA